UUUGCGCACUUCCUGCCUGAAGCGAAUGUUUACGAAGUUCCCGCGCUGCGAUUAAACGGCUUGUUUACAUGAGCAGCCGGACUCGGACUCGGACUCGCGGCUCAUUCCCGAGUUGUGAAGAUGAUUAAGACGGAAAAGAUCCUUCAUCUGAAGAGCUGCCGCGGGCGGAAGGUCCGUGUGGUCCGCGAACAUUACCUGAGAGAGCAGGUUCCCUGUUACAGCUCUCUGUGCCAGGCGGACUGUGACAACGAUGGAAAGGUGCUGCCGGGAGAUUUGACACAUUAUGUGGUACCUGAUGUCGGAGUGGUGGUUGACUAUCUGGAGAUCUUGGAGUUCAGAGAGCUGCAGGGCAUCAUCUUCACCCAGACCGCCUGCCAGGCUGUGCAGCACAGCAAAGGACGCAGGCAGUACAACCGUUUGCGAAACCUGCUCAAAGACCCUCGACAUGACUGUGUGCUGUUUGCCAAUGAAUUCCAAGAGUAUUCCUAUUGUCCGCGAGAGAAGGGGGAGAGCCAGGAGAAGUGGCAGACCAGGUGUGUGUACUCUGCAGCAGUAUGGUACCAUAACCACCUGGCAGGUAUGAAGGAUAUAGUGAUGAUCACAGAGGACCGGGAUGCCAUUGCUCAGUACAGCAGCCUGAACUCUGGAGUUUACGUCAUCUCCGUCCAGGAUUUUUUGCAAAACUUCUGGCCGGAGCUGCAGGCAGCCCAUGAGCUGUACAGCUCCAUUUCCCAGGCGCUGCAAGAGAAGGAGAGCGAGGGCUCGCAGAAAGAGUUUGCUGAACAUCUGCCUGCUGAAGUCCUGGAGGCUGGAAUCAAGUCUGGACGGUACAUUCAGGGUACUCUGAACGUCAGCAAGCACCGGGCACAAAAUGAAGCUUCAAUCAUGACGGAGGGUCUCUCUAGCAAGAACACAGAUCUGAGUCGGGGGGUGUUGGUGUACGGCGUUAAGAAUCGCAACAGAGCCGUGCACGGCGACCUGGUUGCGGUGGAGUUGUUGCCAAAGAGUGAGUGGAGAGGGAAGGUCACAGCCCUGACUGAGAGCCAAGGGGACGAGAAGAGCGGAGAGGAAAAUGAGAGUAAACCCAUGCCGACAGGCCGUGUUGUGGGGAUCCUGCAGAGGAAUUGGAGGGACUAUGUGGUAACUUUUCCCCCCAGAGAGGGGACCCAGUCCCAGAGCAGGAAUUCCCAGCGCAUCCUGGUUGUACCCUGGGACCAUCGCAUCCCCAAGAUCCGAAUCAGUACUCAGCAGGCUGACGCUCUGCAGGACCACAGACUGGUGGUGCGCAUUGACUCUUGGGAAAGCACGUCGCUCUAUCCCAACGGUCACAGUGUGCGGGUGCUUGGUCGGGCUGGAGAGCUUGAGACAGAGGUCCAGACCAUCCUCAUAGAGAACUGCAUCCACGUGCCUCCCUUCUCAGAUGCACAGCUCAGAGAGAUGCCGGUCAAUACUCGUGAGAAGCCCUGGAGGAUGGAUCCUGCCCAGGUGGCAGAGCGGCGGGACCUCAGAGAGACUCACCUGGUGUUCAGCAUCGACCCGCAGGGCUGCGAGGACGUAGACGACACGUUGUCGGUGCGUAGACUCGCUGGCGGGAAGCUGUUGGAGCUGGGAGUCCACAUCGCAGAUGUCACCCAUUUUGUCCCAGAGGGCUCACUCACUGACUUGGAAGCACGUACAAGGGCUACGACCUACUACCUGGCAGACCGCAGGUACGACAUGUUGCCUGCUGUUCUCAGCGCAGACCUCUGCUCUCUGCUGGGUGGAGCCGACAGGUAUGCAAUGAGCGUGCUGUGGGAGCUCGAUGCACACACCCUCGCAGUCAACAAGGUGUGGUAUGGUCGCACGCUCAUCCGCUCCUCCUACCAGCUCCACUACGAGCUGGCACAGGCGCUCCUUAAUGGAGAGGAGGUUGAGGUACCGGAGCUGUCCGAGCUUGGGCCUGAGGAGAAGGACGCUAAGCUAGCUCAGCUCACCGAGGCCCUGGAGACGCUGACACAUGUAGCCAGACACCUCCGGGCGCAGAGGGACAGAGGAGGUGCGCUGGAGCUGGAAGGGGUGGAGGUGCGUGCCCAGCUGGAUGAGGAGAGGAACAUCACAGCCCUCGUCCCCCGUCAGCCCCUGGAGAUCCAUGAGACGGUGGCCGAGUGCAUGAUUUACGCCAACCACUGGGUGGCGCGCAAGAUCCAGGAGACCUUCCCUCAUCAGGCCCUGCUGAGGCGCCACCCGCCACCACGGCAGGAGCUCUUCAGCCAGCUGCUGGAGUGCGCCACGGCGGGGGGAUUCACCAUCGAUACCAGGACCAACAAGAGCUUAGCUGACUCUCUGGACCAGGCUGUGGACCCGCAGGACCCACUGGUGAACAGGCUGCUGAGAAUGAUGGCCACUACAGCCAUGUCACAGGCUCUGUACUUCUCUACUGGUCUUGAGUCCCAAGACCAGUACUACCAUUAUGGUCUGGCUCUGGAACGCUACACGCAUUUCACCUCGCCCAUUCGUCGCUAUGCCGACAUCGUGGUCCACCGCCUUCUCACCGCAGCUAUUGACAUGGAAAGAGGCGUGGACUCGGGGAAAGCGAUAGCCAGUCACAAAGAACUGGAAGGAAUAGCUCAGCAUAUCAACUGCAAGAACCGGGCAGCCCAGCGGGCCCAGAAGUUGUCCACAGUGUUGUUUCAGUGUCUCUUCUUCAAAGAAAGAGACCCUCAGACAGACCAGGGCUGCGUGGCGGACGCUGUCAUCUACUCUAUCCGGGACAACGGCGUGUUGGUGUUUGUCCCAGAGUAUGGUGCGAAAGGGCCGGUGUAUAUGAAGGAUCGCGAGGGCCAGGUGGUGGCUGCAGGACGGGACGGCAGCUGUGAGUGGCAGAGCGGCUCCGUGCGACGAUACCCAGACCACAUCACCACCACCUCCAGCUGCGGGACCUCCACCUUCAGAGUGUUUGACCACAUCACCGUUCGUAUUUCUGUCCGCUCGACGCAUUGCCACGCAGACAGCCUAAACCUCGAGGUCAUCAGCAGCAAGCCCCACCGCAGCGCAGAGCCCCAGCAGACCCGGUCCCAGGGCCGCAGCCAGCUGGUCCAGGAGGUGGUGCGUCUGGCCGAGGAGGCGCACCAGCAGGCCCAGGAGAAGGCGGCCCGGCGCCCCAAACUCUCCAAAGAGGAGAGAGAGUUCUGUCAGAGCAAAACUCCCAAUCUGUACUCGCUCCUGGAGGAGGUGAGAGAGCUGGCUCUGAUGGACCUGGAAGUGGUCGCACAGGUCUGUGCAACGACGGCAUAGAGCGGCCGCAACCUGGGCUCAGCUGUAAAGGAAGCGAGGGACUCUGGAAACAUAUCAUGGAUGACUUCUGUAUACGUCUCAUAGGUAUAUCAGUUUACAUCCAUGAACAAAUAACAUUAAAGCCAAGCGGGCGUUUGUCUUUCACAAAAGGACAUUUUUAUGAAUCAUGAUGGCAGAUUUCUAGUUAUUUAUUAUCUGAGAAUUAUCUUUCUGUCAUUUGAAGAACAAAUGCUCGACAGUGAGAUGUGUAAAUGAGGUCUUUAAUGAUAUUAAAUGAGAAAUAUACUGAUUUUUGUGGACGUUUUCGUUACGUUGGUCCCAAUAAAACAACCCCAGAUUAAAAUUUUAUGUAAAUAGAGAAGAACUGUUGGUUGAAGUAGACAUUAAAUGAAGCACUGACUUUUGAUGACACUUUAUAGAUACUGAUACAAAUAAGCAUAAACUAAUGUUUAACAUCUAGAGUUAAUGAAGCACCAAAAUGAUAAUUGGAUUUAUAUAUUUUUCAAAACCAUUGAUAACAAAGUUCUUCACUGUUCACAGUGUGUAGCAUAAUGUAGAGCCUGAUAUUUGAGAGUUGGGUAAUCCAAUAAUGAUAUAUGGGCCAAUAUUUGUUCAGUAUUACAAAGCACAGUAUACACUAUGUAUUCAUUUGUGUAACAUAAUGUUGUAGCUGUUCGUUUAAAUUAAAUUUCCAUUUAAACACAGCUGCCAAUUUCAGAUUUAGAAAUUUAAAAACAGAAAACAGGAUGUUUCUCCAAAGAUAAAAUUUUAAGUUUUAAUCUUUAAACUAAUUGGCUUCUUAUUUUUACUGAAUUGAUGGACCGGUGUCCAAACGCACGCUCAAGUCUGUUUUCAGUAAACCUACCGGCUAAUUUUCUACACACAAGUGUUAAGUGAAAUCCCGGUCAGAGUGACUGCAUGGUGUCGACCUGUAAGCUUCAGCCUCCUCCUGUGGUCAUCAUAUCAGCUGAUCUCGAGCAUCAGCACUGUGACCACAAACACAUAGUACUACCUUUAAUAGGAAGCGGGUGCGAGUUGCUCAGGUAGGCGCUGCAGUAAUCAUUGACUUGUAAUCUAAUUGGUGCUCGUGCUUUUUUGUAUGAAGGUAAAGUGUUUCCACAGAAUCUAUUUUUGUAAAAUGGUUUAUUGUGGCUUUUAAUUAAACCUGUAUGGAUGAACACUGAA